AUGGAGCGAGACAUUCGACGAGAUCGCGGCCAAUGGCGCGGGUGCCACACUUUCAAGGAUAUUGUUCUGGACGACGAGCUCGGCGCCAAAGACACGAAGCGCAACGGCGGAUUGAAGAUGGGACACACGUACUACUACUACUACGAGCUUGACGGCACUCAGGAGAGUCACAACCCUGCCCAGCCAACCACCACUCAGUGCCCAUAUCUCCCAGGCCAGACGGUCAACACACUUGACGUGCCGUAUGAGAUGGCUGAGCGCAAGCGAAGUGCGUCCUUGGGUUCCCUCCGCAACGGCGAAUACAAAACCAUGAAUCCCAACGACAAGUUUGUCACUCCUCGUCCCCCGCCACCAGUGCCGGGCGGCCCCAUCCGACGACUUGGAUCCGCACCCGGUGCGCCACCUCCAAGGUCGAUCUCCCGAUCAGGAUCCACGUCGCCCCCUCCCUCAUGGCGCCGCAUGUUCAACAGGAAGCCGUCGACAAGCCGUUCUACUGAGCGCGGCCGACAGUACGAUGACGAGGAGCGGCCUGUUUCCCCCUACUCCCCCUCGGACGACAGCAGGAGCAUGGGAUCGUCUGAGGGAAGCCGGACCCGAGACCUCUCCCCGGAGUCUUUGCGCCGGUUCCUCUCUGACGACAAUCCGUUUGCUGUUGCAUCCCCAAGCCCCUAUGGGCGGCCCACCGUCGCCAUCCCCGAUGACAUUGCUGAGGAGAACGACGAUGACGAAAACUUUGCCAACUCGGCUCUCUCUGAGAUCAACCCGUACGCGACCAGCUUGUCGCCACCUCCGUUCAAGCGCUGCCACUCUGACAGCGUACUCCCCACUGUCCACCAUACCAAGGUUCUUACCCGCGAGAAGAAGUACUCGCCUCUUCCUCCUCUUCCAGUCAAGGAGCUGAGGGAGUUGGAGAGCGCACCACCUGCUUCGCGCUUCUCCUUCUCGUCCGACUCGAGCGUUGCCUCCUCCGUCGGACCUAUCUCUCCCGAGGACGAAGUCCUCUCCUUCUACGACUCUACCGAAGAAGAUCGCUACUCCAACGAGAGCGAUGCCAACUACGUCCAACCCCUGUCGCUGCCCAGCACGGGGAAACCAACUCUGGGGCAGAACUACAGCUUGCCCCGUGCCCCCGGCAUCAAGCGUCAUCCCCGUGUUCACACCGUCGUAGCCGCUCCUCCUGACCACGGCCUCGACGACUUGGUCAACGAGAUGGGCUGGAUGGUCGACGUCAUCCGCGGCAAGGGCAUCUGA